CACUUGGUGCUAACUGCUAAGUACUCGAUUUAAUUUAAUACUUAAAACGUUAAAUCCCCCCUGAAAGUUGUCAGUUCAGACAGACGUUACCGCGGAUUUGUGCAAAUUAUGAAAACACCCUUCAAUUAAGGAAUUCUGCCAACGGAAACAAGAGGUCAAAUCUGGCAAAACUUUUGAAAGUCAGGAAUCUCAUUACUUUCUAUGAUUUUUUUUUUCAAGGAAAGCAUCGAUGGCGGAAACUCGUUAUAGCCACAUCAAGUGAAACAGUAGGUGGCAAGGUAACGGAGAAAUAGAGAGUGAGCUGUGCUAUUUGGUUUCUCCGCCGCUUUUAAGAGGAGGCCAAACGGCGUGAAACUGCUUCCCCCGAUCUCCUCCGCCGUGUCCUCCUCUUCUCCCGCCUGAUUUCCGCCUUUUUCCGGCGAAUCGAGAUUCGGAUCCAAUUGGGUUGAAUUCCAUCUAAAUCACCCGUGCGCUCCCGGCAGGUCGAUCCAAUUGCCCGGAGAUGGAGAAGACGGAAGCAGAGAAGAAACCGGCGGUUUCUGAUGUCGGCGCUUGGGCCAUGAACAUCAUCAGCUCCGUAGGCAUCAUCAUGGCUAACAAAGAGCUCAUGUCCUCCUCUGGCUUCGGCUUCAGCUUUGCCACAACUCUGACGGGUUUCCACUUCGCCGUCACUGCACUGGUGGGUCUAGCGUCGAACGCCACUGGCUUGUCGGCGUCAAAGCAUGUUCCUCUUUGGGAGCUUCUCUGGUUCUCAAUCGUCGCUAACAUCUCCAUCGCCGCCAUGAACUUCAGCCUCAUGCUUAACUCUGUCGGAUUCUACCAGAUUUCGAAAUUGAGCAUGAUCCCGGUGGUCUGCGUGAUGGAAUGGAUU